AUGACACAAGAAAACAAGGAAGGAUCCAUUCGCGAUCUGGUUGGCCAGGAUCAGUUCGAGAGCCCCGGUGUGUCCAAUGGCGAUGUCGACUGGCUGUUUCGCGGCAAGGCGGCAAAGAAGCUCUCCAGGAAAAGCAACAACAUCUCCAAAGAUGUCCAGAACCAAAUACAACAGGCCCAGUUGCAGGCAGCCCAGCACAACCAGCAGCCUUUGUCGACGGAAAACAGCGACGGUUCUCGUUCGGUGUCGCCGCAGCCGGUACCACAGCUGAAACCGUCGCUGAAGACGGCUCCGUCCGGGUCCUGUUCUUUCUCGGACUCCACGGCUAAGCCCUCCGAAGGCCAUGUUUCAUCCGGGUCUGGUUCGCUGAGCCGUUCGGGCUCGAAUCGCUCACGGUCCGGUUCGCUAUCGAGUUUUGUGCCGCGAGUGCGCUCCAUGUCGGACUCGAAGGACAAGUCUCCGGUAUCUGCAGGGCCCAAGAAACAGUCGUUAUUUUCUUCUAUUUCGUCCAAAUUCAAGUCGCAGUCGAGCGACACUGCGUGCGGUGCCGUGCAAGACUCGGGAAAAGAGGCGGGCGAGGAAGAUUCUAAACGUGUUUCGAGCAGAAAACCGAGCGGCUCCUCGUCCAGACGGCCCUCAGUGGUAGAGCCGCAGCGUCCGAUCGAAUCCGUGGACGCCGCCAAACAGCAUCUCGAAAACAUUCAUUUUAAGCGUGUGACGUUUUCGCUGCAGGACCUCCCAGACGAUCCACAGCAGCAAAUUCCUUCAAGAAGGCCAAGACGUGGCAACGUUUUGAUUCCCGAGGACCUCAGGCUCCCGCCGCCAAAGCUCUCCAUAGGCAUCACAGAUAACCUCAACAACCAGACCAAGGACGAGCCGCCUAAGGUGGACGAAAACCUAAUGAGACAGGCUAUGGAAAGACAUCAGGCUGCUCUCGUUGAGAGCAGGAAACAUGCGCAGGAAGCACACCAAGCUGCUCUAAGAAUUGCAAAAGAGGUUAACUCGUACAAAAAGUAUCCUAAGCUAGCCAAAGAUAAAGACGACGAAGACGACUGGGAGGCCAGAAAAUACGACGAGUUGAGGAAAGGUCUCGACAUUGAUACUCCACUGCAUCAACACGUCAACUACUUUGGUGAAGAGACAGAAGAGCACACAGAUGAACAUCCUGAGGAGCAUCCUGAGGGUCAGGAAAGCAAAACCAACGACGAGCUUCCAUUGGACCUGCUGUACACUCGUUGCUGCCACUUGCGUGAGAUUCUGCCGAUCCCAGCUACUUUGAAGCAACUGAAACAGAAAACAAGGCCGUUACAUGUCUUGAAGAUGCUCAAUCCAAAACCGACGCUUAUUGACGUCUUGUCGUUCUCAGAUUUCCUAGCCAUCGCACCCAUCAUGACGGUUAUUUUUGACAACGUGACUUUAGACCACCAAAUGGUGAAGAUCAUCCUCGUCAGUUUGUCCAAGUCAACAACUCUGGAGAAGCUAUCAUUUAGAAACGUGGCCUUCGACAAGCAGGGAUGGACCUGGGUUUGCAAAUUCCUUACUGUGAACAAGUCCAUCUCGAAGCUGGAUCUGAGUCAACAACGAAUCAAGCCAGAGACUCCAAUACAGUUCUACCGGUCAGAAAUGGACUGGGACUUGUUUACACAGAGUUUGAUCAUCAAAGGCGGAAUAGAGGAAUUGGUGAUUAACGGUUGCAAGCUGUCAACAGCCCAGUUCAAGAAUCUGGUCAACAACGGCUUACGUCUGAAAACUAGACGGUUGGGACUUGCUUCCACCAAUUUGGAUGUUGAGAAGGCCGCCAUUUUGGCCGAGUGGAUUUCCAGUCCUAAUAACACCUGUAUCGGUAUUGACAUUGCCGUCAAUGAUUUAACCUCUCAAGUCUUGGCUCCGUUUGAAAAAGUGUUUGCAACCAAAAUGGACAAUGUGAAGCUGUUCUUUUUCUCAUUGAACCAAACCAACGUCACUGUUGAUGAUUGUGCAAAACUAAUUGAGCUCCUAAGCACCUGCAAAACUUUGCGGUUUUUGGAUCUCGGAAAUAAUCCACAACUGUUCCCAGGCAUUUUGCCAACUCUUACUGAGUAUCUUCCAAAAUUCCCCGAUCUCCGCCGAAUUCACUUUGAGUUCUGCAAUUUGAGUGAGGCUGCCAUCAUUCAGCUUUGUCUGACAUUCCAAAAGUGUCCAAAGCUACUUCAUGUCUCUUUGCUCGGCAACGAAAACAUUAACCAGAGAACUGCUGCGUCGCUCUACAUUUCUGUGAAAAACUCCAACAUUUACAAUCUUGACAUUGAUUAUGAUGGUCUCGGCGACGAAGUGUCCUCAAAGAUUGCCUUUUAUCUCAUGAGAAACAUGGAGAAGUUUUUGAAUAAAGACCUGACCCAUAGCAGAGAGGAGGAAGAGGAUCUCAUUUUUGAUGGCUCUCUCCUGACAAAGACCGCGGAAGCGCUACUGGAAUCGAAUCAGGCAAAGAAUGCUGACGAAAACCAGAUCAUCAGCAACGCUCUGGUUGAAAAGACAGUGAGACUUCGGAGUGAGAUCCACAAGACCAUGAAUCGUCUUUUCGAAGCAAGAGCCAACGGCAAAUUGUCGCUUGAAGGAAAGGAGACGCUACUGCGUUUCUGCCUGCUUGAUGAUUCGUUGGAGAGUAUUAUCCAUAUCUUCUCUGAGCAAGAGCACAAAAGUGAAGAUGCAGACAAAAAAGCUGCUCUGCCAGACGCUCCUGGUGUACUAACUAGACCCGAGCUUAUCAAGAAACUGUCGAGCCACCGCGCCAGCCAGAAGUUGCCUAUGCACCGCUCGUCUUCAGAUGUGAUUGUGGCUGGUCCAAUCGUUUCGCCGAAUCAGGUUGCAUUUGAGCCUGUGAACGGACCAAUUUCCGAGGACGCUGCUCCGCAUUCUGUCGUGGUCGAUGCCAACUCCCAGCCGAUUGACCAUUUGACAGGUAAACCAGUUUUAAUGAGAAGCGGGUCUCAAACGUCCAUUCAUGCCAAGGAGCUAGAAGAAGAGGAAGGAGAAUUCCAUAAAUGGGGUUUUUUCGUCCAGAAACAUGACUCUGAUACCUCUCUUCCAAUCUCCACUGAAAAAGCACAAGAUAAGCCUCAAUUGAAGGUCAGUAAUAUUCCUUCGGGUACAGAACUACGGCAGGCCGUAAUGAAGGCCAAGGGAAUCGAAAGCGUUUCAGACCUAAUUAACAAGAUUAACAUCGAUUCGUCCAAGCUUUCCUCGAUUUACGAGCCUUCAUCGGACACAGAGCAACAGGGAAACCACAUUGAUGCCCAAACGGGCUCUGCUGUGCCCUCAACUGCGGUUUCGCCUCAGACCACAGCAAUAACUACCCCUGUUGCUACUGUCAAACCUCGCUCCGAAACUUCUAUUUCUGAGCAAGAAGAGCCACAAAGCCCGGUCUCCGUGAACUCGAUGGGCGACUAUUUUGUCCAGGACCACGAAGCCGACGAGGUUUACGAAAAGCUACUGGACAACGUCGCGAAAGUUCGGUCCAACAGAUCAACUGCUUCUGAAAAAUAA